CUCCAGCCCCACCAAGCUGCCCAGGGUGGGCUGCGCCAACUCCCCUCCCUCUCCCCAGAUUCCAGAAGAGCCUCGGGGGAGGUGCGGAUUCCGGGGGAGCUGCGGAUUCCAGAGCCGGUGCCAGCACUGGGGGAGGGGCACUGAGCAGCGGAGUCCGGCGGGGGGAGGGGUGCUGAGCAGCCGAGUCCACUGAGCCCCUGGAACCCCAGGCCUGGGCCUGGAAUGUGCUGAAGAGGCCACCGCCUGUGUCACUUCCUGCGGCAGCGCCUCCGGAGGGCACCUCUGGGGAGCCGCUCUGUCACCUGGAGCCUGAGCCAGAGCCGUCCUGCUGUGUGCGGGGUUGGGGGGUCCUGGUGAACAUGGUCAGAAUGGAGGGGCCGCUUCCCGGGUGCCCGCGGAAGGGCUCCAGCCCCGCACACGCCCGAGGGCGGGAGCGAAUCUCGGCCGCCAGGAACGCUGCAGUCCGAGACGGAGCUAAACGCCGGACGGGGCAGCGCUGGUUUUCAGGAGCCUUCGAAGGACCACCGCCGGACCCUGUGUGUCCCUCGGCCAUCCAGGACGUCCAUCCAGUCCUCCCCCGCUCGCCCGCCUGUCACUCGCCAGAGGGGCCAGUGGGCCAGCGUGCUCAGAGGCUGCGAACAGCACCGCGGGAACGCCCAGCCCCCCAGAGUUGCGCUCUAAGAAACCUCGAGAACCCCGGGGUUGCACCCUAAGAAAACUGAUGGCUGCGGGAACACGUUCUCACUCUCAGGAGGAAGCACAGUGUCGCGCCCGCCCGCCCUGCUCAGAGAGGCCUCGGCAUCUCGUCUCCGUCCGUGAGCUGCAACUCGCUGGACGUCGCUGAAGGAGCUCGGGGCCUGGCCUUCCCGGGCCGUGUCGCUGACCACAGGGCCUGCUGGGCCGUUGCCGUUUUAGCCACAUUUGUUUUUAUUUCCAAAUAAGCGAAUCGGUAAACACCCAGCGACGUUCUGCUUGUCUCGCCCCCGUGCAGAGUCCUGCGUGGAGAUGCAUCGGGCGGUGUCCCCAUCUGUGCCCCCUUCCCGCCCCCGAAAGCGAAUGAAGCGGGGCGUCUGCAGUCGUCUAGAAUGCGGUGCCCUCGCUGGGGCCCUGGCUGCUGAGACCUCGGGGUGAGAUGAGAGGUCUGGGGGUCUCUCCCCACCUCCUACGGCCGGUGGCCGACAGGCAGCACUGGUUCUAAGUAAAGCAGAUUCGCUGCCCCAAAAACGUAACACGAAGCAGCUUCUUCGCCCUGGCCAGCUCUCGCCACAUAGUUGGGAUGCCGAAAUUCCUCCAAACAGCAUGGAAAGUCCCAACACACGACCUAGACGUCAACCUUGAGCAAAUAACUUUACUUGCCAGCAUUCCUUUCUGGGGUGAAUCAGCCUGUCCAGCCUCUACGCUCUGCAGCUAACCAAGCACCUCCCUCUGACAACUGAAGGGUUCGGGGUGCAGACCCCCUCAUGCACGUGGUCACCACGACUCGAGAGGUGCCAUCUGUCACCACAGUAAACUGCUGAAGGUGAGAGCAACUUUCUUAAGAAACAGCAGCACAGCGGAAUCGGCCGUUUCUGCAGGAACGUUGGCCUCACUCACAUCCGUGUGCAGACACGUGCGGGGCAGGGGUCGGCCCGCGGGGGCGCAGCCAUCAUCCCUCAUGUGUGUCGGGGCUGAAGUUUAGAGUUCCAGCUGGCGAGGCAAACACUGAGGACCAGCCUGUCCUCUCCAGUGUCCUGUCCCAACGGCGUCAGAGCUGAGGAGCGGGCGGAUCAGACCAGAGCACGUGCACGUCCACGGGACAUUUGCCUGGGUCGGGGUAUGCCGGCCCUGACACGAAGCAGCCCGCGGUCAGCGGGGGCUGGGGGAGCAUGAGGUGGGGCUCGUCAGAGCGGCCGCAGAGGGGGGCAAUGGGUGGGACGUCUGGGGCGACCCAGAGCCAGUGGGGGACACGUCGAGAUGCUCGUGAGGCCGGGGCUAUUUCUGAUGGGCCGUCAUCUGCUGGCCAAAGACGAGCAAGCCUAAGCCCCUGUGGUGCCCGCCGCGGUGACGUCUGUGGUGACCACGCCUCUGGCUGAGGCAGGGACAGAGGGGUUGUUAGGAAUUGUUGUCAGCACUUUGAACAGGGACUUGCCCGCAUCGCCCUCCAAUCCUCGUGGCCACGAGGACCCGUCGUGACCCCACGGUGCAGACGGACAGGCGCGAGGCAGGCGGCAGAGCUCGGUGAGGCCGCCAGGGUCUGCGGUGGGUGCCGGCGACGCCUCCCGCCCAGGAGCGCGGGAGGGGACGUCCCUGGAGCCCGGCGGGGAUGUGGGAUCGGGGCGUGGUAGGGAGCGAACCGGCCGCGGGGACAGUGUGACUUUCAGGUCCACACCUCCUACGGCCAGGUCAGGGCGGAGUGGACAGAGACCCCUCCCCACUGCACGCCGACUCCGCCCCCAUCCCCUCGUUCACCCCCAGGAGCGGCUGCCGCUGCCCCCUGUGUUCACACAACCUGAAAACCUGAACCCUGUGUGGUCCCUGCGGUCGGCAGCCUCGGGUGGCCACAGCUCAGGUGGCCGGGUGGGAGGCGGUUCCCAUCCCCCGGCUGACUCAGCUCCUUCCCCCUCCCCUCCCCUCCCUGCCAGGGCAGCUGCUUCUCGUCCCAGGGCCUCACCCCCUUUCUGAGUCUUGGCCACAUGCUGCUGCCAGCUGUGACACCCAGCACCCUCAGUCCUGCAGCUCUGUGGGCCCGUCUGGAGAUGUCUGCAGUCAGUCCUCUAGGUCAAUGGUCCCCAACCUUUGUGGCACCAGGGACCGGGGCUCCUAUGAGAAUUUAAUGCCCGGUGGAGGUGGAGCUGAGGCGGUGAUGCUGGCGCUGGGAGCAGCUGCACAUACAGAGGAGGCUUCGCUCGCUCGCCUGCCGCUCACCUCCUGCUGCGCGGCCCGGUUCCUAAAAGGCCAGGGACAGGCAUCGUCUUCGCCACGUCGCAGGUGGGCGUAGAGGAGUGGACACUGCGCUAUGGCAGGUGUCUGCAGACGUAGCUGUGCCUGGCAUCGCCACAAUGGGGGUGCGAGACACCCCCACCCCACGGCCUCGUCCCGGCCCUCACCUCCGCCACAGCCCCCGCCUCCUCCUGGCUGCCCACGCUUCACCUGGAUGCCCACGCUCCGGGCUCUGCUUGGCUUAGCGAACGUCCGGUUUCCUUUUUCGACCAGCCGGCCUCCCUCUCCCACUCCAGGCCGCUGUUGGAGCCUGGCUGGGGUCCUGCUGAGUCCAGGACCGGGGACCCUCCCAUCACUUUGUGGGACCAUGUCACAGACAUGCCUCUAGCAGCUCCGGCCUUCAGCCCUCACCCAACAGUGGCCAAAGGCCACAGAAGGCCAGGAUCUGUGUCCCACACUUGGCCACACGUUCAGAGUGAAGAACCAUCCCCAGGUCCUCCUGGCCAGGGUCUUGCACCCACCAAGGCCAUAGACCCACAAUCAAGGUCACCCAGGGUGCUCGCUGGGCAGUGGGAGCCCACUCACCAGCAGGCAUUCGGCCACAGGCUCCUGGACAAAUCAGUCUCUCUUAGAGGGAGGAGGGCAGGGCCGCCGGGGCCUGGGGACAGGGCGGACAGGUGGGCCCAGCCAGUACCUCCGGGAUGCAGAGCUGGGGAAGCAGGACUGAGAGGGGCGUCCCAGAGGAUGGCCCGGAGCACGAGUCCCCAGAGAGAGACGGAUUUGCUUCCUACUGGCUGAGUGUUAGGGGGAGGGUUGCAGGGCUGGACAGACAAAGAUUAUUGGGGUGCAGGGACGGCUGACCUCAAACAGCUGGUGCCGAAGAGGUCAGCUCGGCCGCCCGCUGGAGUUCCUCUCUCCUUGCACUGUGGGUGCCCGCUGUCGGCGGGGAGCCCGCCGUGCGCCGAUCCGGGCUGCGUUCGGCAGCCGCAGCCGCUCCAGACGGGCGCCUGAGGUCCUGGUGUCCCGUGGCGGGCGUCUGAGCGUCUUGGUUUCGGACGGGUGAGGUCAGGAAGGGCCUGAGGCAGGUCGGUGCAGACUGGGCUCAUCGCUCGGUUUCUGCAGAAACCAGAAGUGUGGGGCGCGGGAGACCAGCAGGCCGUACGAGCUCGCCCCUCCCCGGCCGGGCGUGGGGAACGUUCUAGAACCCAAAGCAGCUGUCUCUCCUCCCUGGGCUGUGACGCUGAGUCACGGGGACCCCGCAGGAGUGGAGCCCGAGACCCGGCUUGGAGGGCCCCGCGCACCAGCACAGAGCACACAGGUCCCCGCGGCCACUGCCCACGGGUGCGGCCACCGCCCGGGGCCUCCGCGCGGGAUCGAGCUUGCCAAGGACCGUCGGGGCACGAGCAUUGGUGUCCGCGGUGCCGCGUGUCCUCCGGCUCAGGACCCCGAGAGCGUGAGGGACACUUUGCGGGUGGGGGUGGCCCGGGGACACGCCCGGGCUCGCGCUGACAUCGGGGCCCAGCUCUGCCCUCGGCUGCUCUUCCUUGCUGUCGCGAAUGGGGAGAGGGCGCACGCCACGAACCCACAUGUCACGGGGACGCGCAGGUUUGCACGGCCCCCCGCCCCCCGCAGGCGGAGCAGCUCCCGGACUGGGCUCCCGCAUCGGGACCUGUGCACAGAACCCUCUUUACUGCGGCAGCUUCUCGUUGGAAAAGAAAACGGGGGGAUGGGUGGGGAAAGGCCAGAGACCCCGCCCUUGGCUGCCUCUUGGGGGCUUCUACGCGAAGCUACGGGGGGUCUCGAGCUGGGGACAGACGUUUCCCCGUGGAUUCCACAGGGCGGAAAGGGACAGGGCCUUUCGCAAGUAGCAUGCGGAGGACCCUGGCACCGGAAGCCGGGUGUGCGGGCUCAGAGAACAGUCGAAUUGAUCGGCCGACUGUUCGUCGGGUCCCUAUUAUGUGUUGUGCCUUGUAUCAGGCCCUGGGGGUGCAAAAGCCAGCCGGACAUCAGUGGCUGCGGGUGGGCCACAGCUGCAACGUCGGUGGACACUGCAGCUGUGCCUGGCAGAGGCUCCCGAGAAGGCUGCCCUGGGGCACAGAUUCACCUGCCACUUAAACUGGGGCGAACUCGAAAGCAGAUCAUUUGCCUGCAACCUUCUCAGAAGCUCGUCUGCUGCACGGACGGAGGCGAUGUGCGAUGCAGCGGCCCGUUGGCCAUUUUCCCUCCGUCAGUCACCUCUGCCGGGAAGAACGCCCCCCACCCCCGAGGGAGAGGCCGCACCCCGAGCUGGGACGCAAGCCUCGGGCCCACACCCGCUCCUCCUGGCUUCCCCGUCUGCGUCUCUCACACCACGUGUGUGAUGUCGUCUUUCCUCACUACGAGGCGACGUCCCUUGGCAGGGACCGUGUCUCAGGUCCGGCCCCAACCCCCGUGUCCCGUGUCCGGCCCUAACCCCCGUGUCCCGGGUCCGGCCCUAACCCCCGGAGUCCACACGCGCGCACUAAGGACGCGGUCACCUGAGGGUGCCCUGAGCACCUGCGUACACUCCACUUGCCGCGUCUCUUCCUUCCAAAGCAUCUGUGACCGGGAGCGUGCGGCAGCCCCGCGGACGGAGCCGGUCCCAUCACACAGACACGACAGGACACGACAGCAGAAAUAGUUUCGUAACCAAGAGCCCAAAACGAAGGUCCAUCCCUCCCUUCGAGGAACAGACCACACAGCCGAGCGGACGGCGUCGGGUCGCGUUCGGGAAGCUGGCCGAGCUCCUCCCGCCUGUCCCGUCCUCCGCCCGGUGCGCGCGAAUUUACUCAUUCCGUCGUUUCGGGUUUUGGUUCCAGAACUUCUGUUCGGUUCCCUUUUUAAAAUUUGUAUCUCCUUUUAAUUCUCCGA